GCUUUAUCGAUACUUGAAAGUCAACUUGAAUAUUUUUGUUUACAAAAUUUAUUUGACAAUUCUAUGAAGUUUAUUUAAUUAUUUUACAUUAAUCUUGUUAUUAUCUAAUUCACCUGUUAAUUUAUUAACAAUUUUAACAAGUUAAAUAAAAUAAACUGUUGAAUAUUUCGUUCGAUAAAACAUUUUAGAAUUAAAAAAACAAAAUAAAGCAGGUAUAGGUUAUGUUGUCAUUUGUUUAUUUUUAAAAAUGAACAGAACCAACGUUGAUUCCACCAGGACAACAACUUGUCAAGCACCAAUGCAAAAAAUACGACAAAAUUUUGACAUUAAUUUACAAAACGAAGAUGAGGAUACAUUUGAUUUUGCUGAAUCUUUAAGUGAAUUGUUGGGAUUAACAUGGAAUAUUUGGGGAGUCACAUCAUUAUUUGGUCUUCAGCAAGACAGUGAAGUUGUGCUAAAACAAUAUGCCAAAAAAUUGAGGGAAGAAGUUGCAUCAAUGUUGCCAGUUGAUGAUGUUAGCUACGAGUGUAAUUUUAAUAUUUUGGAAACGAUAACACCAAGGCCAAGUCACUCUGAUUUACCACCAAUUAAAAUAACAAUAACAGCAAAAAUGAGAGAUAAACAAAUAAAAAAUAUUUAUACUGGUAUUAUGAUGUCAUGGCGAACUGAUGUACCAGAAAUUGAUUAUGAUGAAUCAAUAAAACUACCAAUAUUGCUAUGUCGUGGUACUAAAAGUGGAAUGAAUGCUGUACAUGUUGUUCUUGGUAAUAUGUUUGAUUGUCAAAUUGUCCAGCUACCAGCAACUGAGGAAGAUUUAAAAUGGCUUGUUCCAAUUGUUCUUAAUCCAUCUGGUGAUGAUGUACUUGACAAGGGCGAGGUGAAGUUUGAAUACAGAGUACCAGGUUUAUCUGCUUCAGAUUCAAUAACAACUAAAAAUAAUACUAAAGAUUUAAUCAAGCUGUGGAAUGCUGUUAUUGAAGAUGACAAUGAUGACAUUAAUAAAAAUGAUGCUAAAUUUAAGGUUGAACAUGUAGAAAUGUUUUUCGAAAUUUUACACAAUCAAAUGCUUAUGGUUAGUGGUCUACAGCUGGGUCUUUGUUCGUUGAAAAAAAUUAUUUUACCAACAUUUACAAUUAUGGAUAAUAGGAUUAAGACGUCAUCGUCAGAGGUGUUGAACAGAGUAUUAUUGUUCUUCAAUCAAAAAUCAUUGGAGAUGCUACAUCAAUUAAAUUUUACGUCUACCAAUAGCACAACAUCGUAGCAAAAUUUAAAUGGAAAUUUUAUUAAUUAUACUGGGACAGUUUGUAUUGAGUAAUUUAUAAUUAUCAUGCUGUAAAUAAGCUUUUUAUUUUUUUUAAAUAAUCUUAUUUGUUUUUUUUUUUCUUAUUAUUUAUUUUAACGUCAGAGAUUCUCUUGUAAUCGAGAAUAUAUAAAGUUAAUUUAAUUAUAAUACUUAUUAACGGUAAUUAAUUAUUUUUAAAUUAUUUUUUUUAAUAAAAGCAAAAAAGAAUUUUUAAUUUUUUUGUGUAUUUCGAGUCAACUGGAAUUAUUGUAUUGGUCUUUUCUUUUUUUUUUCAAUUUAAUUUAGCGAUUCAAUGUGUAGUUUCUUUUUUUUUUAUUUAUAUUUUUGAUAAUAAAUUUGGUAUUAAAAUUAAUUUUAUAAUAUUGUUUUUGUAUGAAAAA